AUGUGUAUGAGGGAGCUGGAGCAUGUAAAGCUGCAUGAUUUCACAAUUAUUUCCUCCUAUUCCCGUAGGCAUCGUGGUCAUGGUGGUGUGGCGGCCGCUGUUAGAAAUUCUCAUAUUGAUAAAUUUAUACCCAGAAAUGAUAUAAACUCAAAAACAGUGGAAGUGGAAAGUGAAGUUUGUGCAAUCCAGUCCACUCAAUUAAAGACCUUAAUUAUAGCUGUUUAUCGAUCUCCACUUGGUAACUUCAAUAUUUUUCUGGAUGUGAUUGCAAGUAUUUUAGAAUUAAUAAAUGGGUGUGACUUUGGUGUUUUCGUCCUGGGGGAUUUUAAUGUUAAUUUUCUCAGAGAUAGUACUAAUAAAUCUGCGAUCGUGGAUCUUUUUUCCUCAUAUGGGCUCCAUGGUAUUGUGUCGUCUGCUACUAGAGGAAGUGCAUGUUUGGAUAACAUUUUCACAAAUGUUGAUGAAUGUAGUGGUUGCGUGAUUGGUCUGGGUUUCUCUGACCACUUGGGCAUAGAGACUGAAUUUGUUUGUGACGUAGGAACACAGAGAGUUAGUAAUGUGACUGUGUGUAGACCACUUACUAGGAUGGGAAUGGAUACUCUCAAAUAUCUGGUGAGGCAUAUUUGUUGGGAUUUUAUAGAGGAUACUAAUAUUGGUACUGAGAGCAAGUUUGAUAUGUUUAUUACAUUUAUAAAGAAUUGUGUAGAUUUAUCGUUUCCGCCAAAAACAUAUAAGCAUUCUGUUAACUCCUUGCCUAUUUCUUGGUUCAGUAAUGAUCUGAAGAAUAUGCGCGAGAGAUUAAUUUUUUAUAGAGAUCUUGUUGAAGUUUAUAAGACACCUAAUUCGAAGAAAAUAGUAAGUGAAUAUCAAAAAUUAUAUCGACGCGAAAUCAAGAUUGCAAAAAAGCAAUACAAUGACAACUAUAUCCGGAAACACAAUUAUAAUCCAAGAUCUGUAUGGAAUGUUGUCAAAAGUAAUACCAAUCUGUUGAAGAAAAAAAUUACAUGUAAAAAUAAUAUCCCCGCCAAUAAAUUCAACCAAUUUUUCAUUGAUGCACCCAAAGAGAUCAUCACGAAUAUACCACCAUCUAGAAAGUCAUCAGCGGAAUUCAUGAAUAAUUACUGUAGUUCAAUAGGGUCCAAAUUACAUGAUAUACGGUUUAAGUUCUCCCUUGUAUCUGAGGCUUUGGUUAGAGAUAUCAUUUCAAAACUAAAUAAUAAGAAUAGUCGAGACUAUUAUGGAUUCAAUACCAAAAUACUGAAGAGUCUUGUGAAUGAGUUAAUUGGUCCACUUACCAAAUUGAUCAAUUUAUGCUUGAAAAAUAACAUCUUCCCGAAAAUACUUAAGGUAGCAAGAGUUGUUCCUGUUCAUAAAAAGGGUUCAGUGCAGUUGGUCAACAACUAUAGACCAAUAUCGAUUGUACCAUUAUUCUCGAAAGUCUUGGAAAAGGUUAUGCAGCUGCAGUUAACCUCAUAUUUUGAGAACAAUUGCCUCUUUAAUAGCUCCCAAUUCGGUUUCAGAGGCGGCCUCUCUACAACUGCUGCCAUAACAGAGCUUAUGAAAAUAAUUAAUGAAGGUUAUAGUGAUGGUUUAUACGUGGGUGGACUUUUCUGUGACUUGAGCAAGGCUUUUGAUUGCGUGUCUACAGAGCAUCUUAUUUAUAAAUUACAGAGGUAUCGGUUUGAUCAGGGUGCAAUUGACCUUUUGGGCUCCUAUCUGUCUGAUAGGGUGCAGUGUGUUGAUCUCGGGGGAGAUAUUUCUGACUUGUCGAGUGUUGAUUGUGGUGUGCCACAGGGAUCGGUUCUCGGACCGCUUCUUUUUCUCAUCUACGUCAAUGAUCUUGUAAGUUGUGACCCCGAUGCGGACUUUGUUCUUUUUGCUGAUGACACAACUGUGCUCAAAAAGGCUCAGUCUAGAGUGCUUAUACUUCAGAUUUUGAGAGAGUUGUCUUCUGUUGUUUCGGAAUGGUUCAAUAGCAACCAGCUCAGCUUGAAUGAAACGAAGACAGUGUAUAUGUAUUUUUCAAUGAGAGAUCUAGAAGGAAUGAAUUCACUUGAGCCAAUCAAAUUUUUAGGUGUACAUAUGGAGGGUAAUUUGUCAUGGAAUGCUCACAUCGAUAAGGUCUGUAACUCUGUUACGUCAGGUGUUUUUGCAUUACGAUCAUUAACUGAGGUUGUAUCGGAUUCUGUAUUAUUGUCUGUGUAUCGUGGAUUCAUAGAAUCUAGAAUAACAUAUGGUAUUUUGUGCUGGGGUCAUGAUGCAGGUGUGAAACGACUCUUUGGAUUGCAAAGAAAGGCUGUCAGAGUUUUGGGUAGACUUAAUUAUAGAGAUGAAUGCAAACAUGUGUUUCAAUUUUUAUCCAGACCGUCCUGCGAGUAUCGACCGACAGACAGAUACGAAACCAACGUUGUUCCUUACAGUGGCGGACCCAGGAUUUCUUCAAGGGGGGAACACAGUACUGAAUUCAGUUGA